AUGCAGCCCCAGCCAAUCCCCAUGCUGGACCUUUUCCCCCCCAAGCCCAAAGAUAUAGACCAUGAUACAGAACUGUAUCAUUUGGAGCUCAAGACCAUACCUGAACUCAACCUAACCCAUAUUUGGGAACAGGUCAUGCAAGCACACAGCCCGCUCAACUUGGGAGAUCAAGAGCUUUGCUCCAAAGGCUCUCAUUCACACAGCACACAUACCUCAAAGAUGCAAUUGGAUUUGUUGGAGCUUGGAGGAAGUGACUUGGAUGAGUUGGCAGAUGUGGACAACAUGGAAUACAACCCUGCAACAUAUGGAUUACUGCCCAAAUUGUUCAUUCAGGAGCAAUUGUUGGUCAAGGUUGCUAAACUGGGAUAUCUUGCCAAUCUCAACAAUUGCCCUUACUGUCAUUCCCCUUGCCUUGACCCUUCUGGACGUCUGUAUUCCAUUUUCCAACAUAUUCCACUUAUCCCCCAGCUGCAAGCACUCUUUUGGAACCAAGCAAGAUUCUUAAAAAUGCUAUAUUGGUCUGAAUUCCAGCAGAGUGGAACACAUGUCCGGGAUGUAUUUGAUGCCAUACUCUAUGAACUAUUAUGCACUACGCGUGUGGUUGUUGAUGGAGUUGAACAGCCAUACCAACAUUUUGAGGACUUUUGA